AUGAUCCGUGAUGAGAAACGUUUUGAUAACAAACCGUUUAUCAACUAUUUUUCCACAUUACCAUUUAAUAUGAUCUACAGCACAGGUGAUCCUGAUCAUAAAUCUUGUUUGGAUCGACAUUCUCCAUUGCAGAAAAUGAAACUAACAAGACCUCCAGUACCAUGGCUCAAUUCCGAAGACAUGCGUCAACUCCAGACUGAAAGAAAUAAAUUGAGAUAUCUAGCUCACAAAACUCUGGAUGUCAUAGGGCAAGCCUUCCGUGAUAUAUGGAAUAGAAUUAAAACCAUUGUUAAAACCAUGUUUGCAAAAUUAUUCACCACAUUCUUCACCUGA